AUGGAGAUGUUCGCCAAUCUACAAAUGCAACAAGUUUGGAAGGAGUAUCUCAAACAGCAACAGCAACUCUUGUUCCCAGACGAAACGGGCGAUAUGAACGAUGCUGCUAGUGUUUCAAGCAGAGCAUCAUCCCGAACACCUGAGCCUAUGCUCUCAAACGCCCCAACUCCAGAUUUUGAUGAUAACUCUGGAGAUGCCGGAGGUGACAACUCCUCAACAUCCUCAGCCAACCUCGCAGGAUCAUCUUCUGCGAAACGCCGUCGUACCAGAACAAACUUCUCUGGCUGGCAAUUAGAAGAGUUAGAGAAUGCCUUUGAAGCCAGCCAUUAUCCUGAUGUGUUCAUGAGAGAAGCUCUAGCCAUGAGAUUAGAUCUUCUUGAAAGCCGUGUACAGGUUUGGUUCCAAAACCGUAGAGCUAAAUGGAGAAAGAAAGAACAUUUGAAGACGCCUUCUCUUAAUGAUUCUUCCACAAAAGGAGAAGAAUCCAAACAAGCAAAAGAACUUAAUCCCUUCUCCAUCGAAAGUCUUCUAGCUGCUAGCAGAGUUCCUCGAGGACGACGACCCAAUGCCAAGUAUCCAAGAGUACAGGCUUGUAAGAAUAUGUCACCGUUCAUGCUUCCACUAUUCCCUAUAACACAGCCUGCCGGAUGUACAUUGCGUUUACCAUCACCACCUCCUACAGUCCAUCAUACACUUUCGGACUUAACACCUACAAAUACCAUUCUCAAUAAUACUAAAAUAGCUUUAUCACCCGAUUCUAUCCUCAGCACAUCACCCAAAUCAGAUGAUACCAUUUGCGGGUCUUCUACAGCAACAGCAACAGCUGAAGUUGCAUCUCAACAAAUCCUAAACAUCAAUCAAUUCGAUCUCGGUUCAUCAUCAUGA